CCGGGUAGUGUGUGUUUUCAAUCGAUGUCACUCACUUGGUGAUUGGAGAAGCACAAUCGACUCGUCUGUCAAACAUUCAUUUCCACAAAAUGUCAACACUCAGCAUGCCGAUGCAUACUCUUAAAAACAAACUAAUGGACGGGAUUACCACGGCGGUUUCGGAGUUCUUUCGAGACGUGGAGAAGAUGGAGAAAAGUUACCAAGAGGAGAUCCGUGGUCUGCGCUCCCUCCUGAACAACGCGACUAAUCCAGAGAUGCGAGUACCCGCCAAAGAUAAAAAAAGAUUACCUCCUACUGUCAGCGAGCAAACACCUGAGCGAGAUUCAGCGGAGCCGCUAGCCAAAAUGCCAAAAAUGGAGCCAACGGAGCAAUUUGAUUCAUCCGAGCCACUGGUUAUUAAAGAGGAACCUAACGAAGCUUUGCCGCCAACCGCUAAUAUUCCUAAAGAGGAGCAAGCAGAAAUAUCUACGUCAUUGCCUGAAAUGUUGGACAUCAAAGUAUCUGAGCCGUAUACGCUGGAACCACUGGCUGAUGUUGUACCUAACGUGGCCAACAUGGAGGUAUCUACACCAGUGGAUGACGUACAAGACGGCUCUGAGAUCUCCAUUUCCGAGCCGCAGAACAUACCAAAAAGGCAGCAAAUUGGAUGUGAUAAAAUCUUGGCACCAGAAGAAGAAAUGAGUACUGAGAAUACCAGUACCGUUGAGUGUCUUGAACGUGACAGCAACGAGGUGGACACCGGAAGGCGUGACACCAACACCCCACUACAGGAUAUGGCUUUUGGAAACCUCAACACCGACUCGGAAUGUCCUCUGCCAAGCAGCAUCGAGGGAAUCUUGAACAAAGAUCUAGGAUCUCUGGAGCCUCCAAAAAAUCCAUCCAAAAAGCUAACAGAAGACACGCUACAGAAGACCAUCCUAGAAUUUCCGAGGAUGAGGCCCUACAAGCCUUGCAGCGUUGUUACCGGCCCGCCGGGUCGCCGUCCUUUUCUGACCAGACUUUUCCAAGCCUGCAAGGACUUCCCAGAAGACAAGCAACCUCUGAUUACCAAAGUUGUUACCCAAGAUGAUUUUGAAUUAAUGCAAACGGCUCUCGGUAAUGUACCCAAAGGUCCUGGCUGGCACUGCCAAUCAUCCAGAGAGGCCUUUACGUAUCACAACGAUGCUCCUCCGUUCCCAUCGCUGCCCCAGAAACAGAGCGACCAAAAGCUUCUGGUACUCAAGAUGGUCAACAAAAGUUGUUCUCACACAUCAAAGGAGGAAGAGGAGGUGAAGAGUCAAGCGCUCCGAGAGUACUGCCGCAGUAUGUGUGUCAACUGGUCGCCGUGCGGUAAUGUUGUCCACCCGAAUACUCCAUGGCUGGGGGCGCUGCCGCACGGCAUGGUGUACGACCCCAAGGAGGAUCCCAGCUUCGGACUGGUCCACGUCAGCUGCUCCGGCCUCCAGAGCUUCAUGGCCUGCCGCUUUUUGAGUUCCGAGAACGGCGUGGUGCGCCUGAAAAGCAACGCCCCCCACUACACGCACAUCCAGGGGGAGCUGAUGGUGACGGGCAUGGCGUGGUGUGACCUGGUGGUGGUCGCCAAGGACGACGUACUGGUUCAGAGAAUUUACCGGGAUGGAAGCACCGUUGACUGGGUGAGGAAAAAAUUGGCUGUUUUUUAUUUUAAUUACUUUCUGCCACGUAUUACAGAAAAUGGAAAAUGAAAAAAAUAUAUAUUUUUAAUUUUUCAUUCACUUAUAAUGGAAUGGUUUGUAUGUAAUGAGUGCCUUGGUUCGAGUCCCUGCUUCGGCAUCUCUGUGUGGAGUUUGCAUGUUUUCCCAGUGCGUGCAGUUUUUCUCCGGGUACUCCGGUUUCCUCCCGCAUUCCAGUCCAGGGUGUCCAGGAUGUAGCCCGCCUCUUGCCUGAAGUCGGCUGGGAUAGGCUCCAGCGUACCCCAGCGACCCUAAUGAGGAUAAGCGAUAUAAAAAAAGGGAUGUAUGGAUUUUUGUUCGAUAUGCUCAACAAUAGCUUUUUAUUUUAGCAAUAUUACAGCUCUUCUUUCAACACAUUAUGCAUAUUUUGCUAUAAUGCCAUUGAAUGUUUCACAAAUAAACACUACGAAAAAUAAAACAAAUAUUGAAAUAUGUAAUGAAAGAUAUAGAAAAUGUGUUUCAACAAAAUCAUUAAAAUAUCCUGACCAAUUGAAGGAAGAUGCGUUUACUUCCCCUUGGCAUUACCGCCAUAACAAAGCUAUUGAAACUAUUCACGAUAUCAGACACCCAAAGCGCUUCAUAGUGAUGGUAAUCUAUAUCUGUAGCCACAGCUGCACUGGAGUACUAUACUGAUGGACGGAAAUGUUUGCACUAAAACUUAAUUUAAUAUCUUGUAUGUAAAGAAAAAGUAACAUAUGCUAAUUAUUUGAACCAUAUUACAGCCCAAUGGUUAAAUAUGUAAACAGUCGUCAACUGGAUGAGUUUGUAGCUUUACAGUAAUCAGUAUUUAAGUGACACUAGGUGUUUUUUUUCUUCUUCAUGCAAGAUUUCAGACGUUUUUCAUUUCAUGUUUUCAUACACUGUCGACUAUUUGUUUGUAUUUGUUUGCCUUUUCUGACCUAAAGUAUUCUUUUUUUUAUUUUGUUAUAAACAUAACAUUGAUCAAGCACCUGGAAGGACGUAUGAAACGUUACUGUAACCUAUGUUUUUGUCUUCUAUGGUGCAAAGAACAACACAUAUUUUUGAUUUUUGUUUCUUUAUAGCUAUUUUUUUUUAGCACCGUGUGUCAUAUUUAGCUGUCACCUAUUGUUCGGUAAUUUCACUCCAUAACCGUUGACGUUGGGAAGACAUGAAUUAAUUAUUUUGUAUGAUAUUCAAAUUAUGUUUUUUUUCCAUUUUGCUGUUCUUGUGAUGUGCAGCUGUUUAUGUUCAAAUAGGGAAUCAAAUACUGGCUUUGCACAAUCCUUA